UGUUAGUGGCGCAAGAGUCGCAAUUCACAAAACUCCACCUUCUCUCUCUCUUCUAACUCUUCCUUCCUCAUUCAUUCACUUUUUGUUAUUCCUCAACGCACACAUUCACAAUACAGCGUACCAUCCACUCUCUCUUUCCUACCACUCACACUCUCUAACUUCUUUUCUUCUCUUUUUUCUAACUCUAACCAACAAUAACACUUCAUCAUGGAAAAUCUUCCACAAGGUUACCGUCCCAACGUUGGUGUCUGUCUCAUCAACCGUGAUGAUCAGAUAUUUGUGGCUUCUAGAUUGAAUGUUCCAGGAGCAUGGCAAAUGCCACAGGGCGGUAUUGAAGAUGGCGAAGAGCCCAAAUCUGCUGCCAUUAGAGAACUUCGAGAAGAAACUGGAAUAGUAUCUGCCGAGAUAAUCGCUGAGGUUGAUAAAUGGUUGACAUAUGACUUCCCUCCUGCUGUGAAGGCAAAAGUCAAUCGUCUCUGGGGAGGUGAAUGGCAUGGACAGGCACAGAAAUGGUUUCUAAUGAGAUUAACGAAAGACGACGGUGAAAUCAACUUAGCUACUGGUGAAGCAGACCCAGAAUUUGCAGAGUGGAAAUGGACAAGUCCUGAAGAAGUUAUUGAGCAGGCAGUGGACUACAAGAGACCAACCUAUGAAGAAGUUAUAAGAACCUUCAAGCCUUACUUUCAAGGAAAUUCAAUAUCUGCAAAGUGCAAAUCGACAAAGUGGUGAACUUUACAAGUGUGCAUUUGUAGUUUAAUCCAUUUUCUUUAUCUAAUUAUUUCAUUUACUGAGGUUGGAUAGCACUCAGCUAUUUGUAAAUGGAUGAUAGUUAGAACUUUCCACAUUAGGUACUUGCCUUGUUGUAAUAAUAACAUGUGUGCAAAUGCCAAGUUUAUUUUCCUAACCGGAUUGCGAGGAUGAUAUGAAUCAUUGAAUGUAUAUAGAUCUGUUGAUGCUGCAGAAUAGUGAUGAUGACUUGAUACCUAAGUGCUAGGAGCAAUUUUGUUGAUUAAUGACUUAGUGCCUAAGUACAAGGAGUAAUUUUUAACAGAAAGAUUGAAGAUUGCUUGUGUUCAUCAGCCUCUUAACAGGUUCAUCAAAAUGGCAUUAUGUUUGUGGAAUUUCACUUGUCAUAUGCUGCUUUUAUGAUGUUGAACUUACAAAACUUAUAUUACUUAAGAAUAAUAUUCUUGAUGACACUGCUGCAAA